UGUUUGGUGAAAUGGCAGCGUUCAUGAUUUCUUCCGGUCACUUUGACCAAGGAUGGCUUCAGCUUUAAUGGAGCGACCGAGGACUUGCGAGUGGUGCCGUCGGAUUGCUCUGGAUUCAAACCUCAACGGUCAACGUAGACGUGCUACGGUUGACCGGGAAGCUUCGUCGAUGACUUCUUCUCGCCAUUGGCUUGAGAGUUUUGGACUUGAUGCCAUCAUCACAACCCGUAUUUAGACCCCCAGAGCACGGCCAUUGUCUUCACUGCUAACAGACCCACCUGUACCAUUGAAUUCUCUCCGCCAGAAGGAGGGAAGAUAGGACGUCCAUGUCCGGCUGUUCAUAGGGAAACCACGUCUCGGAGAUAAACACUGCGGCCUGUGCAAUCCCGGUGCCGAUUGUAGAGCUUUCGGUGGAGCUGCUAGGUGAGGUAGUCUGAGAUCGAAAGCAUGGAUAGCAACUACAGGUUGGGAAGCAUCGGGGGGAGCAUGAGAGGGAGCAUACGGCGGUCGGUCUCCUCGUGGCGAACUUCUUCUGCCGACGUCUUCGGGAGGUCGGGUCGGGACGAAGAUGACGAGGAGGCCUUGAAGUGGGCGGCGCUCGAGAAGCUGCCCACCUACGACCGCAUGAGGAAGGGGAUCAUGACAGGAGAAGCCGGAGACAAGCAGGAAGUGGACAUUCAGGAUCUUGGCAUGCAGGACCGGAAGAAAUUGCUGGAGAGGUUAGUGAGGACCGCCGAGGAGGACAACGAGAGGUUUCUUCUCAAGCUUCGGAAUCGAAUGGAGAGAGUUGGCAUCGACAACCCAACGAUCGAGGUCAGGUUCGAGCAUCUCACUGUUGAUGCAGAAGCCUACGUGGGGAACCGUGGCGUUCCAACCUUCUUCAACUUCUUCUACAACAAGAUCGCGGAUGUGCUGAGUUACCUUCAUAUGGUUCCAAGCGGAAAGAGGCCGCUAUCGAUCCUUCACGACAUCAGUGGGAUCAUUAGACCUUGCAGAAUGACUCUGCUCUUAGGUCCCCCGGGCUCUGGGAAGACUACCCUGUUGUUAGCUCUGGCAGGAAAGCUUGAUUCAACUCUGAAGGAAUCUGGAAGACUGACUUACAAUGGUCAUGACAUGGAUGAGUUUGUGCCUCAGAGGACCUCAGCUUAUAUCGGGCAGCAUGAUCUUCACAUAGGGGAGAUGACGGUGAGAGAGACUUUGAAUUUCUCUGCGAGAUGCCAGGGAGUCGGAACUCGCUAUGACAUGUUGACAGAGCUGUCGAGAAGAGAAAAGGAAGCAAACAUCAAGCCAGAUCCUGACAUAGAUGUCUACAUGAAGGCUAUAUCCGUUGAAGGCCAGGAGAGUGUGAUCACAGAUUAUAUUCUCAAGAUCCUGGGUCUGGAAAUAUGCGCCGAUACGAUGGUAGGAGAUGCAAUGAUAAGGGGGAUUUCUGGUGGACAGAAGAAGCGCGUGACGACAGGUGAGAUGCUUGUUGGACCGGCCAAGGCGCUUUUCAUGGAUGAGAUCUCCACUGGUCUCGACAGCUCCACCACCUACCAGAUCGUCAACUCCCUCCGCCAAUCCGUUCACAUCCUCGGAGGAACUGCCCUCAUUGCAUUGCUUCAGCCAGCUCCCGAGACGUACGACCUGUUCGACGACAUCAUUCUCCUGUCCGAGGGGCAAAUCGUCUACCAGGGUCCGCGCGAGAAUGUCCUCGAGUUCUUCGAAAAGAUGGGUUUCAGGUGUCCCGAAAGGAAAGGUGUUGCAGACUUCUUGCAGGAAGUCACCUCAAGAAAGGAUCAGCACCAAUACUGGUCAAUCGAAGACGAGCCUUAUAGGUACGUUUCAGUCAACGAGUUCGCAGAAGCGUUUCAGACGUUCCAUGUCGGCCGCAAGCUCGGGGAAGAGCUCAGCGUGCCGUUCGAUAGGAAACGAAACCACCCUGCCGCGCUGACCACCACAAAGUACGGGAUUAGCAAGACGGAGCUGCUCAAAGCUUCCAUUUCGAGGGAGUGGCUGCUGAUGAAGCGCAACUCCUUCGUUUACAUCUUCAAAGUGGUGCAGCUUAUAAUUCUUGGAACGAUCGCGAUGACGGUCUUCCUCCGCACGAAGAUGCCUCGUAAAACGGUGGAGGAUGGAGUUAUCUUCUUAGGAGCCAUGUUUCUGGGGCUGGUUACGCAUCUGUUCAAUGGGUUUGCUGAGCUUGCCAUGAGCAUCGCAAAGCUUCCCAUAUUCUACAAGCAGAGGGACCUCCUCUUCUACCCUUCAUGGGCCUAUGCGCUGCCGACAUGGAUUCUGAAGAUCCCCAUCUCCUUUCUGGAGUGUGCGGUGUGGAUUGGCAUGACGUACUACGUCAUCGGUUUCGAUCCAAACAUCGAAAGGUUCUUCAGACAUUAUCUGCUGCUGGUCUUAAUCAGUCAGAUGGCAUCUGGACUCUUUCGGCUCCUUGCUGCUCUCGGGAGGGAGAUGGUGGUUGCAGACACUUUUGGAUCCUUUGCACAGCUUGUUCUUUUAGUUCUCGGCGGAUUCCUAAUAUCUCGAGAUCAUAUCAAGAAAUGGUGGAUUUGGGGCUACUGGUCAUCUCCUCUUAUGUAUGCUCAGAAUGCCAUCGCAGUGAACGAAUUCCUUGGCCAUAGCUGGCAAAAGGUUAAUUUAACGGAGAGUCCUGACACAUUGGGAGUCCAAAUCCUCCACGCUCGUGGAAUCUUUGUCGAUUCGAACUGGUACUGGAUUGGUGCGGGUGGAUUGCUUGGAUACAUCUUCUUGUUCAACAUCCUCUUCGUUUUCUUUCUCGACUGGCUUGAUCCAUUAGGAAAAGGUCAGGCAGUCAUCUCUGAGGAGGAGCUGAAGGAGAAACAGGCAAACAGGACUGGCGAGCGUGUUGAGAUGUUGCCUGCAGCCGCCAAAGGGAGAGAUGGUGGAAGGGCCACAAGAAAUGAAUCGUCCACAGAGAACCGGAAGAAGGGGAUGGUGCUUCCUUUUGCUCCUCUUUCGAUCACCUUCGACGACAUCCAAUACUCCGUCGACAUGCCACAGGAAAUGAAAGACAAAGGCAUCGAAGAGGAUCGGCUAGUGCUACUGAAGGGUGUCAGUGGAGCUUUCAGGCCAGGAGUUCUCACAGCCCUGAUGGGUGUAAGUGGAGCAGGAAAAACCACCCUAAUGGACGUGCUUGCCGGCAGGAAGACCGGUGGAUACAUAGAUGGAAACAUCUGCAUAUCUGGCUAUCCCAAGAAACAAGAAACAUUUGCUCGAAUCUCUGGCUACUGUGAACAGAAUGACAUCCACUCUCCCCAUGUCACAGUCUAUGAAUCUCUCCUCUACUCCGCAUGGCUUCGAUUGCCUCCUGAAGUCGACGCUGAAACAAGAAAAAUGUUCAUCGAGGAGGUCAUGGAGUUGGUAGAGCUGACAUCGCUGCGGGGGGCGCUGGUAGGACUGCCCGGCGUCAAUGGUCUGUCGACGGAGCAGCGCAAGAGGCUCACCAUUGCUGUCGAGCUUGUUGCCAACCCCUCGAUCAUCUUCAUGGAUGAGCCGACUUCUGGGCUGGACGCCAGGGCUGCCGCCAUUGUUAUGAGAACAGUGAGGAACACUGUGGAUACAGGGAGGACCGUGGUGUGCACCAUCCACCAGCCCAGCAUCGACAUCUUCGAAGCUUUCGAUGAGCUCUUCUUGAUGAAACGAGGAGGGGAAGAAAUAUAUGUUGGUCCCUUGGGGCGCAAUUCAUGUCAUUUGAUCAACUACUUCGAGGGAGUUGAAGGGGUUCGAAAGAUCAAAGAUGGCUACAAUCCUGCAACAUGGAUGUUGGAGGUGACCACUUUGGCCCAGGAAGAAAUGCUAGGCGUUGACUUUGCUGAGAUCUAUAAGAACUCUGACUUGCACAGGCGAAACAAAGCUUUGAUCGGCGAACUAAGUGCUCCUCCUCCUGGUUCAAAAGACCUGUUCUUUCCCACCCAGUACUCGCAAUCCUUCCUCACACAAUGCAUUGCUUGCUUGUGGAAGCAGCACAAGUCAUACUGGCGAAAUCCAUCUUACACUGCCACCAGAAUUUUCUUCACCACUGUCAUCGCCUUGAUAUUUGGAACAAUCUUCUGGAAACUCGGACAGAAAGUGACGACGAAGCAGGACCUGUUGAACUCCUUGGGCUCCAUGUACGCUGCAGUCCUCUUCAUCGGGAUACAGAAUGGCCAAACUGUGCAACCGAUCGUCGACGUAGAGCGAACCGUCUUCUACAGAGAGAAGGCUGCAGGGAUGUACUCUGCUCUUCCUUAUGCAUUUGCGCAGGUUUUGAUUGAGAUCCCGCACAUCUUCCUCCAGACUGUGUUAUACGGACUCAUCGUCUACAGUAUGAUUGGUUUUGAGUGGACAAUGGAGAAGUUCUUCUGGUACCUCUUCUUCAUGUUCUUCACCUUCAUGUACUUCACGUUCUACGGGAUGAUGGCGGUGGCCAUGACGCCGAACAGCGACAUCGCCGCCAUCGUCUCCACCGCAUUCUACGCGAUCUGGAACAUAUUCGCCGGCUUUCUGAUUCCUCGGCCUAGGAUCCCUGUGUGGUGGAGAUGGUACUCGUGGGCUUGCCCGGUGGCGUGGACGCUGUAUGGGCUCGUUGCCUCACAGUUCGGCGACAACCAAACUAUAAUGGAGGGUGGUGAGUCGGUGGAGGAAUACGUCAGGCGAUUCUUCGGGUUCCGGCAUGACUUCCUGGGCGUCGUGGCUGUUGCAGUGGUCGGCUUCACCGUGCUCUUUGCUUUCGUCUUCGCCUUCUCGAUCAAGGUGUUCAACUUCCAGAGAAGAUGAGCCAGCACCACAUUCUUCUUCCAAAUCCACCGAGCAAUGUCCAUAUCACGAGAUAUAUAUGGAAUAAUCCAUCUUUCUUUUUGUGUAUAGGAUCAUUAUCCUCCCUAAACAUGUAUUCCUUUGUUGUCAA